AUGUUCUUUAACAAGUUAUUCUUCGCAAUCUUGGCCAUCUUUAUCGGAUUCGCAGCUGCAGACUGUGACGUGAAGCAUGUUGACACUUGUGUCUACGGCCAUGGCAAGACCGCCAAGGUUGGUGAAGUCGUUGAAGGCGAGGAUCACGUUUGUCUUUCUCAAGGCGCUGGCGACUACACUUUCCUCAUGAACCUUUACCACGACAUGAACUUUUGUAUCUUUGACAAUGCAUGCAAGGUCCUUGGCGCCGCCAAGCAACCCGACUGUGGAUUGCCUUACGUCUGGAUGGAUAACUACUUGCACUACGUUUUGACCAUCACUGAUGCACACACUGGUGGUCUUUACUCUACCACCUACUACUCGUUUGAUUACGCAAACGGCAAGUAUUCGAUCAACAACAAUCACUGCGAGUGCGUUGAUUUGGAUUGUAAAUGCGCUUUCCCCGUCGAUGGUGAAAAAUAA